CGCAGAUACCAUGACGGUCACGAUGGUGUAUGAUAAUUCAGAGGCAACGGAGCUCUGUGCGGCUCAGCACCUCUACCUCAAGCCCAUAGCAAAGUUGAUGAUCAAUGUAUUGCUCCCUGAGAGCACGGAACCCAUGAGGCCCUUCUCUAACUGGGAAGUUCUUGACCAGCUGAAGAGCCUGAUUUGUCCUGACCAGUUCACCACAGUGCGGCUCUCCAAGAGUACUAAGGACUUCAUCCGAUUUGAGGGGGAGGCUGAAACUCGAAGUUUGGUUCAGAUCCUGAAGGCCAAGUUACACGGGAAGAUCAUCAAGCUAAGCGGUUUGAAAACAGACUUGAGAGUAGUGGCCACAGAUGCCCAGGGGGAGUGGGAACACUUCCCCAAAGAAAACGGGGCACCGUUGGCUGACGGGUCUGAAGAGCAGGACCACGAUAAGAGCCCAGAUUCCAUAUACUUCGAAGGCCUGCCCUGCAAGUGGUUUGCACCUAAAGGUUCCAGCGGGGAGAAGCCGUGUGAAGAGAUCCUUCGGGUGGUCUUUGAAAGUUUUGGGAAGAUCAAGAAUGUGGAUAUUCCGAUGCUCGACCCCUACCGAGAAGUCAUGACUGGUGGGAGCUUUGGUGGGUUCAGCUUCGGCUUGCAGACGUUCGAGGCCUUUAUACAGUACCAGGAGUCAACUGACUUUGUAAAGGCCAUGGAGUCCCUCCGCGGGAUGAAGCUGAUGCUUAAAGGAGAUGAUGGGAAAGCUCUGGCAUGUAACAUUAAGGUUAUGUUUGAUACAACCAAACACUUCAGUGAAGGAGCUAUAAGGAGGAGAAAUCAAGAAAGGCUGAAAUUACAAGAGCUGGAGGAAGAAAGGAAAAAAAAGAAGAGAGAAGAGGAAGAGGCUGAAAGAAAGAGAAAAGAGGAGGAGAGGAAAGCCCAGGAAAAGAGGAGAAAGGCCAGAGUCAGGAGGCACGCCCUGAAGGAAAGAAACAGACACCGGCAAAGGAGACAGAAGGACAGUGCCAAAGCGGAGGCCCGUCAGGGGCCCAGCUCUUCCGAGGACUGGGAAGAGAGGAAGGGCCUGCUGGCCAGGAGGCGGCUGGAGGCCCUCCGCCUGCUGCGGGCGCUCCUGAGGAAAAUCGCAAUAAGGCCCUUGCCCCAUUGUUCCUCGCUUUGGGGGUCUAUACAAUUUAACCCACGGGAGGUAGAUGUUGCAGUCUCCAAAGCUAAUCGUGCUCCGGGGACCACACUGGGAGCUCUGAAGAAAGAAGAGUUAAACACUCAGUAUCUUCAAAAUCAGGAGGAAAUGCCAAGAUAUCAGGUUUCCAAGUCAGAUAACAAGCGAAAACAAAAAAUGAAGGAAAGAGCUACGGCUCACUUACGUAAAUCUUCCCACUACCUUGGGGAAAAAAAAUUAAGAUAUUCAGCUAGAAAAGAGAGAACUGGAAAAUUAUUAACCAGUGAAUACAAUCACAGUUUGCUCCCUGAUGGGAAUUCUUUGCAAAUUGCCAUGAUUCAAGGUCAAUCUCUUGCGAAAGAAGACUACCAUGGUUCUAAUAAAUCCUAUUCUUCCAGAUUAGUUGAGAGAGACCAUGGCAGGAAACAGAAGAUCUAUGAAACAGAUGAAUUUAUUGACUAUCUUCUUAACUAUUAUCACACUCCAAAAUAUGCCCGUAUCUGCCUAGAACCAAGUCACAUAACAAGCACAUGUCAGUGGCACAGGGCCGUCCAUGCGAAAGGAAGUGGAUUUCAAAUCAAUUUGAGAAAACAUAAGCGUCAUUUAACCAGUUUGAGCCAAAUGCAAAACCUAGAUAGGAGAGAACAGGUGCAAGAAGACGAUUCCUGCACAAAGAUUUGUACUCAGGAUCCUGAGCAUAAAGCACAAAAGAGAGGAAAAGUGGAUUAUGCCAAAGAGUGUAGAAUGUUUAAGGGGUUUAAACAUCAUUGCAAGGACACAGUAUGUGAAGCUGGUGAUCGGCCAUCCCCAGCUUUUGGAAAGAGCCAUCUGUUGGAACAGACUCAUGCUUACCAGGUCCAAGAUUCCAUAUCCACAAGUCAAAGCCAAGUUUCCUCGCCCAACAGGUCAGCAGACUUUGAUUUGAGGUUGACAGAUUUCUUAGAGGAAAUUAGCAGUGAUUCUGAAUGUUUCAGUGAAAUCCUUAGUAUAAACAAAGAGGAGAAAGAGAAAUCUGUGGCCACAUAUGAUAGCUCCCCAGAAAAGGGAUCUCUUGACACUGAUGAAAUCAUCACUUGCGAUCCAGAAAUUAGGUCAAGUCAGCAAACCUUGUACUCAGAGUGGAAACAUGAGGAGGAAAAAUACUCUAAAUACGAGCUUAGGAAACCAGGCAAGAGGUCCAAUUAUGAACUGAGAUGUUCAUGGCUUGAGGGUGAAAACAGUUCUAUUAGAGAUGAGAAGAGCAACAGCAAAAAGAGUGAAAUAUUGGCCCCCAAAUACUUAUUUGAUAAAAUCUACCACCACGAAUCCAGUGCCAGUGAUCAAUUAGACACUGUCACAAGAAAGAGGAUGCAGUUUAGUGAUAGUACAUUUAACCAGAAAGUGAACUAUAGGCCCUUUCAUGUGCCAAUAACAUCAUCAAAAAGUGCUAAUGCUUCCUAUUUGGGGGAUUUUCCCAAAAGAAGAGAGGCUCCACGGAAGUCAGAAUAUAACCAGGAUGCAAGGAGGUUUAAAAGAUAUGAAAAUUCUGAAGAUUUCAUGCUGAAUUCUGAUAAUUACUAUACCAGACAUAACAGUCAGGAGCACAUUGACUACGGAAGCUAUUUAGGAAACAACCACGCUAGUUCUUUAUAUUUUCAAAUGUUUUGAAGGUCUCUUAGAUCAGGAAACUCUUACUCACAAUAAAAAUGUGCAAGAAGAAGAUUUCAGACCAAAUGUAGCUAUGUAGUUAGCAACUACAGAGCAAGAGAGCAACACUUCGGAGCACGAGCAAGGUCAAAUGCAAAACCUUGUUUCUCUUGCCAAAGGAUAAAGCAUAGAUCUAAGUGUGUGUGUGUGUUGCAGGUGUGUUGGCAAACUUUGGAAACACAAAACAUCCAGAUUCUGAAGGUUGGUAAAACAAUGUGCUUGCAAAACUUCCUUAUCCAAGGACAGACAUUUCUACAGUUCGAUUGCAACUUCAAUUCGGUGCCGUCAAAGGAGCAAAUUAACGCCGAGAGGAGUGAAGGCAGCCCUCGAUGGCUCUUCAGCGGUCAUAACAUUAUCAUUUAGCAUCAUUUAUCUUCAGAGGGAAUGGCAGUGAAUGAAUAAUGAUCUUUUUACUUGUUCUUUAAUUUCGUCAGAACACCAUGUGCAGCAACAAACUUUCCUGACUUUUAUCUAGAAAUACCUAUAGAUAAGAGGAGAGAUGACACCUAGAACAUAUGAUAGACUUCUUCAUGACAUUAGACAGUUCCAUGAGCAUCUACUAGAAAGAAAUUAAUCUUAUUAAUAUGUUCAUAGGACUUAAAGAGUUGUCCUUUUAGAAACAAAGCCUUGGAAGAAGAAUCUGAAAGGGGCUCAGAUCGUCCUUUGAGGUUUACACAGAUAGUGGACCAUUAGCAGAGUUGUUUUUUUGGAAGAACCCCAUGUCAUUCCCUCCUAGAAAAGCAACAGGAUUGAAGCGAUAUAACAUGGGAUUUGCCAAAGGAAAUAUUGAACGAUCAUGGGGCACCAGUAAUGGCACUUGGGAAGAGAGGACAUGACAGUAUUCCAUUUCAGGUUAUGUAAUCCUUUCACUCAGGGUUGGGUGACAUCAGUUUGUAAAAAGCCACUGAAUAUCCCAAAACUGACUUUUAUAAAACAUUAACAAGUGCCUCCUCAAUCCUCAAUAAUGCCAUGGAGUUAGGAAGAGUCAUGGGUAAAGCCCAUAGUUUUCUAGCGGGGGAAAAAUUGUAUGUGUGCCGGAUUUGUAAACUCUUAACAUAAGCAAUUUAUCUUUUUACCUACUGGUUUUGGACUCCUUGAAUAUGUUUUUAAAUUGAGAUAUUUUAUAGAUUCGCAAAGACAUACAUCUUAAUGCAGUGCAUGUUCUAUUGAAAGCUCGGCUGAUUCAUUCUGCCUUAUAUUGGAUUUAGGACCUCAGGGGGCAGUAGAUGACUUUUUUUCUUCCAAGAAAGCUAUAGCUGACAUGGCAAUUGAAGACCUCAAUGAGAUUAGAUUGCCUGCAGUGGGGAAAAGGUGAUUUUAAUCCACUGAAGUAGUGGAAGGCAACAUUUUCAUAUGACAUGAUUCAUUUCAAAUAGUCCUAAUUUGAUAGUCCAUAGAAAAGUACCAGGCUGGUAAAGCCAAGGUAGGAUGCCAGUCCUUGUGGUUGCCCAGAAUGACGAGGCACGAUGUGUGCUCAUAACCACCCUCUUGAGCAACCUGAUAUCUGAAAUGGCUAUAAAAUCUUCUAAUUGAUCUAAAGUAAGAGCCACAAGUUGUUUCAUUGAUCUCCUCUAAUAGCAUUUAAUAGAGGUAUGCCAGUACAAGCAAAAGUUCAGAAAAGAAUGUAACAUAGCAGAUUUAUACUUAUUAUCAAUGAAUGAUUUGUUGGCUCCCUUAUAUUCAAUUCCACUUGCAAGCCAGUGACUCUGCCAUCAAAACCAGGCUUGUCUUGUCUAAUCUGAAACAUUGCUCCUAGGGCGAGUGCCUUUUCUCCUCUGAGGGCUAGCAGUGAUUAUUAACGUUCAGAGGACUGUUGUCCGGAGUAGGCUUUUAAACUACUAACAGCUUGUAUUUUGUCAGACAACUUCUGGUAACCAGGUAUUAUUCUCCUCCAAUGAGACCCCCACCUCCUUAUUUUUUCAUGUUUCGUGCCCUUGAAACAAAGAGCAUUAUGGGUUUGUAAUGGAAAGCAGCUAUGCUUGUUUUGAAAAAGAAAAAACACCAACUCAAUCUCUUCUGUCAUUUGAUAAUUUUUCUUUGCAGAGAUUUUAGGCGUGAAAACAAUUUGCUGCUCAGUAACCAGACAUAAAAAAAUAAAUUGCAGAAUACAGCAUGUGCAAUUAAAAAUUUUUUUUGUAUAAUAGAACUGGUGCUAAGUCACUCCUAUAUAAUAUUUUGGUCUUGUUUUGUUUGCUAAAUACCAUCCUGGGACCUAGAAGAAAGUAAAAUUACUGGUUUUAUGUUUACUUUCUGUACAACCUUGGAUUUUUAUGUCUCGUGGUAAUGCAUUCUAGAUUUGAGUAAACCUCUUUUUUGGGGGGUGUGUAGGCCUUAAACAAGGAAGAGAACAAUUUAUCCUGAACUUUUCAAAUGAAUUGGCUUAGUAAGGAAUGAAACAGAGCCGAAAAUGUUGUAAUCACUUUCUGUUAACAUUGUUAUUCUUUGUUGUGCUGUUGUUUAAGUGGUGCAGAAGUAUUUUCUCAUAUCGUUUUCCUAUGUCCCAUUAAGUGAGGGCCUGAAGUUUAAGCUGUGUCUUUUAAAAUAGAUGUUUUUCCUUGUACGUGCUAAUAGUGCUUUAAGAAAGCUAAAAAUCUGUCAGUGCGUUUUUGUUCAAUUUGUUUGAAUUUCUCAGGGUAGAAAGCCAUGUAACCUGGUAAUUUGGAAAAUAAGAACCAAAUAAAUGUAUUUUCACUUGUCGCAAGACUGUUCAAAAUGUUAACUUCUAAAUGCUGAUAAUUCCACUUUGGGGGGUUGGGAUUUCUACCCGUGGUAUGCUGCUUUGCACUAACGUUGUUGAUCCUUUUUGUCAUUUGCAUUGGUAGAGAAAUAAUACAUAUUUGAUUUUCAGAUAUAUUAAAAAUAAAGUCAUAGAGUC